AUGCCCCUGCGGCUCUGCUCUGUUUCAGAUGCUGGCUAUGAGUUCGACAUCUGCUUCACCUCUGUGCAGAAACGGGCCAUCCGCACCCUCUGGACCGUCCUGGAUGCCAUCGACCAGAUGUGGCUGCCUGUGGUGCGGACCUGGCGCCUCAACGAGAGGCACUACGGAGGGCUCACUGGUCUUAACAAGGCUGAGACGGCCGCUAAGCAUGGAGAGGCCCAGGUGAAGAUCUGGAGACGCUCAUACGACAUUCCCCCGCCUCCCAUGCAGCCGGAUCACCCCUUCUACAGCACUAUCAGCAAGGACCGUCGCUACGCUGACCUGACCGAGGACCAGCUGCCAACGUGCGAGAGCCUGAAGGACACCAUCGCCCGGGCGCUGCCCUUCUGGAAUGAAGAAAUAGUCCCUCAGAUCAAGGAGGGCAAGCGGGUCCUUAUUGCAGCCCACGGCAACAGCUUGCGAGGGAUCGUCAAGCACCUGGAAGGCAUGUCGGAAGAGGCCAUCAUGGAGCUGAACCUGCCCACCGGGAUCCCUAUCGUCUACGAGCUGGACAAGAACCUGAAGCCUAUCAAGCCCAUGCAGUUCCUGGGAGACGAGGAGACCGUGCGCAAAGCCAUGGAGGCCGUUGCUGCCCAGGGCAAGGCCAAGAAGUGAGGGUGGAUGCGUGGGCUAGCGAGUAGUAGGUGAGCCCCCUUCCCUCCCCGCCCCACCUGUGCACACACCCCACAGCCGUAGGAACUGGGAGCUGCAGAGCUGGAGCGGGGAGCAGCUCUCCGGGACCAGGCCCCAUUCCCGCUGGAGCAGGCUCCCCUCUGCAGAUAGCCCGGGAGCCUG